AUGGCCUUUCUAGGUCGCACCGUACCAUCCCCUUUAAUUUUGGGUGGCAGGAAGCUAGCAAACAAGACCAUGUCUAGUUGCCAAGCUUAUGAUGAUCAAAUGUCCUCAUCUGGCUAUUUCUUGGAUCAACCGCGGACAGAAAACGAUCAAAUACUAGAUUUUCUAAGCGCAGUAGCCAACCUUGAAUUUGGAGCAGCAUCCCUAGCCUACGACGAGCUCAUGUCUACCCAGUCAGAGAUCUCAGGCUCCUCCUCCUCCUCCUCCUACUCCAAAAAAUCCAGUUUCCUUGACUAUCAAGCAACACCCCAAGCCUACAGUACACGCAUACCCCAAUCAGAAUCUGUCGACCAGCUUUAUUUUAGUCCCGGCAAGCUAUCCGGUGUCCCUCCGGCAGGGGCGGAGCGUGGUAACUGCUUGAAGGUCGAUGAGGAAGCCAGGAAGAUGCCAUGUGAGCGUUGGUUUCAGUUGCCCCGCAGUAUCGGAAAGUGGCUGCUGGACAAGAGCACUUACUUCCUGCCAUUGAACCUCACUGUGCCUGCAGUGCUGCCGGAUUGCAUUUUGUCAGACAUAAUUUCUCAGUUAAGAAUAAAACAUGCUGUUGAAACAAGCGUGGUGUCGCGUCAGUGGAGGCACCUCUGGAAGACAAUUUCAAGGCCAAAUCUUGAGUUCGACAUUCCAAACAUUUUUGGAGACAAGUAUACUAGGCUGAUUGACAAGUAUGAAAAGAAGAAGUCACUCCCUUGUUUGGCUGAUAUAUUCGUCAGACAAUGCUUUGUAAGUCGUGUAAAUAGUCUUUUGGAGCUCUUCUCUGGUAAAAAGGUAGACUCUCUCAUAGUGGUUUUUUACUUUGAUGUUGAAGAGGAAAAAUUGGCUCACUUAAAAACUCUUCGGCUGAACAAUGUUGUGGUCGAUCCAGCGUUUCUGGAACAUUUGUUCUUGAUUCGUAUGCUCCUUGAAGGCUUGACGUUGAUGAGAUGCGAAGUGCACUCAAAGCUGAUUAUAUUAGAUCCAUCACUCCACCUCAAGGAUCUGAAAGUGCUUCAUUGCAAACAAUUAGACAGAAUAGAGAUUGAUGCAGUAAAUCUUUCCUCCUUAGAAUAUGAUGGAAAGAUUAUGAACAUAUCUCGCGCGCGUGAGAACUCCAUUGUUUAUCACACAUAGGAGGUCAGGUUCUUUUGUGGUUAUGUGUAUGAUCUACCGUAUGCAUCCGUCCUACUCGCAUUGUGUCCUGGCCUCGAGACUCUUCAUCUGAUAUUGUUUGAUCAUAUGGUGAACGUUCCGACAUUUGGCAACCUCAAGCACUUGAAUUUGACUCUCGAAACAUACAACUUUGACCUAUGGAGUAUUGGAGUGCUAAGUAUUCUGAAGGCUGCACCAAACUUGGAGGAAUUUGUAAUUAUGGUACAAUCAGAUGACUUUGUUGAAGAGAAGAAUGAUUUUUUUUUUUUGAGAAAUGAAGGAUUUUUCGCCAUUUCCAUUCUUAAAAUUGCAACCAAGCUUGAGGAAAUGGUGAUCAAUUCAGUUGGAAAUUACUACAUUGGCGGUGGAAGGUGGAUACAUCAGGAUAGUUGUUAUUAUGAGAAGGGAAACGAGGACAAGGAUCAAGAUGAAGAUGCAGACUAUGAGGAUGGGAAUGAUGAGAAAAUUUAUGGACUUUCCUAUUGGCAAAGAAGAGGGAGGGCUGUUGUCCCAAAAAGGCUGAAAGAAAUAAAGACCCCUGCUCAAGUCAUUGUACUAUAA